UGGACCCAACGAGAGAGGAGGAUUAAAGAGAGGGACAUCGAACGCCUAACUUUAUUUGGGGAGCAACAGAGACCACAACUCAUUCUACUGCUCCGGAACCAUACCAGGAGCCAAGAGGCCGACAACGGAAAGCUUACCCAAGGGAGAAGAAGAGACACACCAUUAAACUUCAAACACCCACGGCGAGAUGAUAAAGGCCGAGACCCCUCUUCCUUGAAGACAAGCCGGAGAAACCAAAUCGAAUCAUCAGAGAACCAAACACCAACAGAAUUUGUUCCGUUGCAAACGAGAUCAAGGAAGAGCAUAACCGCCAACUCUCAAAGGGACCACCACCAGAGGCUAGCCAAGGAAACACAAGCAGAAGGGAAAUCGAUGUCAAUUAACGGAAAGGAGUCGAAACUCCAGAGACCCGCCAACAAAACCCUAGAAGAUAAAGAAGAGAUGGAGCGGGGAAAACGAUGCUAUAGAAGAGGCAGUCGAAACCUAAGCCACCAACGGACCACCAUAUCUGAUCUACCAGAUCUGAGAACUACUCUCGAAGUUUUACCAAGUCACUUCAAGGACAAACAACUAGAAAAGCAAAAAUGCAGAGGGGAUACACACAGGCCGGACCGACGGUGGCAAGGAAAGCCAAACCGCCGUCCGGUGUCGGAAAUCUUUGUCAAUAAGGUAGACAGAAGUCAGAGAGCUUUUCUAGAGAGAGAGACCACGGCGUUUCAUGGGUUUGAUUUAAUUUUUAUUCUGAGCUUGACGCUUCUGUCAAACAGACAAGACUCACCCAGACAACUUUACGCUUCCGACAAACAGAUCCAGAUAAGAAGAAAAUUUUCUUCAUCGACUCAAGUCAGCUUCGUGUCACUUUCGAUGGAGUUUGGUUCCUGAACUCGAAAUCCAAAGAAAGGAAGAGCCUUUUUGCGUUUUCAAGCUCUCCUUGUUCACAGACGGUUCAUGGUUAUGUUCAUCUUCAAGCCCCAGUUUAAUCUGUUUGCGCAAAUCCAGUCCUGUUUUUGAAGUAGUGACGAAGACAGAGAAGAGACACGCCUUGGUAAAGCAAAGUUGGUGUAUUGGUGAAGCUGGUCAAGCUAUUUGAAGAGGAUAAUGACUUUUCAAACAGAACUAGUGGUUUCUCCAAGUCACAUAUCAUGUUUCUUCUCACUGUAAUAUCUUUGUACUUUCAUUUGAGGCAGAAAAUAGAUAGCUUGAGAACGGGAAAACAUAUUGCUGGCUAGGUAUUGUGCUGUGACUGGAUUGGUUUGGAAAUUUGCAAUAGGAUAGUGUUGGGUUUGAGCUUAAUGGCUGCAAGUUUCUGUUGAUGCGUGCACACAAGAUGUUUGGUUAAAUGUCCAAGAGAAAAACAGAUUUUGAAAAUGAAGAGUUUUGGUGGCAGAUGGAUAGGAAAUAGAGAGUUGAGGUUUAGGCUGUUGUAGGAUGGAUUUCUGUUUGGCCGUGAGAUAGCUUAGUCCAGUUAGGAGGAUUAAAAAAAAAAUUCCCAACUUGUUGUGAGACAAAUAGGUCAAAAGAACCUGAAGAUGUUCUCACACUUAUGUCUAUUCUCCAAGCUGAAUAGAGUCAUCUACCUACCUUCCAUGGAUCUUCAACUACUUAUGCUCAUUUCAAAAUCAGCUCCAUUUGCAUCUUUAAACUUGGCUCAAUUGCUUGACUCACCACCCGAUGCCACGUUUGCGGGAAGAUAUUGAAGCCCAUAGGAAAAGCCCAUCUUAUGAUCAAAUAGAACCAUGUAAGUAGGGUUUCUAAGCUUAUAUAUAUGAUGUUAUGAACUCUUGUGUAAAAAACCUUGGCUGCAUCAUAAGCAGCCAUUUCAAACCAUUUCAUGAUAUCAAACGAUCUUUUUA